UUUGGAGCUGGAGUUCGCAGACUCCACCUGGAAUGUAGGUCAAACUGGGAUCUUAAAGGUGCAGUCAUAUGACUCCCGGCUGGCCAAAUGUGAAACCACGGAGCUGGAAAUCAUUUUUUCCUGAACCCGUUUCUGGGCUGCUCUGGUCAUCUCGGACGUCUGGGCUUGUGAGGAGUUAGUUUUCAGGGAGAUGGGUUUUGGGAAGAGGCGCGGCUUUUAGCCAACAACAUGCGGCUUCACUUCGCUCCGAAUCGCAAACGCCGCGCACACGCAUGGAAGAUCUAAACAACAACAAUGGGAAGCCGAGGGCAGCAGAAGCCACCGGCUCCGUCCGGAGGGUCGCAGCGGUCAGCUGUCCGGCUCUGGCCGGAGCGCGGCUCACCUUACCGGGGGUCAUGGACGCGGAGGGGAGGGUCGACGAGUCCAGACUGAGGAUGCACAUCUUCAAAAACGGGGGUGUGUCUCCGUCUGAGCGAGGCCUGGUGUGGCGCUUCCUGUUCGGGAUGUACUCUUGUGGCUCCACAGCUCUGGAGCGCUCGUUGCUGCAGGAGCAGCUACUGGUGCGUUACCGGGUCAUGAAGAGGAAGUGGCAGCAGUUUCUUCCCUCAGCCGUGCGAAUACACCUUAACGGCACCGACGCUGAGUUGCUCUCGGCUGUCAGGUACUUUGACCAGAGGGAGGCCCAGGCACAACAGAGCUUACAGGACUGUUCAGAGGAGCUUAGGGACAGGUUGGCCUUCUUGGAGCUUCAAGCACAGAUAGUAUUUGAGCGUGUCUCGUUUGACGGUGAGGAGCUACGGGAAGCCAUACGAAUCAUUGACAAGGAUGUGCCUCGAACCAACAGAGACCUGAGCUACUACCAGAACGAAGGUUUAGGCAACCUGUUGGUACUGAGAGAUAUCCUCAUCACUUAUGCUGCUUUUCAUCCAGAGGUUAGUUAUGCUCAGGGAAUGAAUGACCUGUGCAGCCGCUUCCUUGAGGUUCUUGACUCUGAGGUCGACACUUUCUGGAGUUUUUCCUGCUACAUGGAAAAAUUUUCCAGGGAUUUUCGAGCUGAUGGCCUGCACAGAAAAAUAGAACUGGAGGCUGCCCUGUUAAAGGAACUGGACCCUCAACUUUAUGCCCAUUUGAUUAGAGACAGUAUGGAGAGCUUCACAUUCUGCCACCGAUGGCUAUUACUGGGUUUCCAAAGGGAGUUUGAACACAGUGAUGCUCUACGUCUGUUUGAGAUCUUGAGUUGUGACCACUUGGAGCUCAUCUCACAACAAGUGGACCGCGCCCGUUAUCAGGAACGACUGGCGCAAAGAUACUGCACAGAGGACUGUUCGGAAUUAACGCUGCCCGCCUUCAACACUGACUUCACCUUUGAGCUUUUCAUCUGUGCGGCCAUUCUGUUAGAAAACAGAGAGCCUCUGUUGCUGUGCCGAGACGAUGUCCAGCUCAUCCAGUUUACCAGCAGCCUUCAGGGAAAACUGGACCUAAACAGCACCCUGAAGAAAGCAGAGCACCAUUUCUACAACUACUGCAAGCGCUGUGCUUUGGAUUACAUGGAUGGCCGCUGCAGGACAAACAGGAGCAAACAGGAGGACUUUUUCUAUCAGCUGCGCAACUUUGCAAUGAGGGAACGAAGAAUAACUUUCCACAGUGGGUCCAACCUGGGAUACGACAUGAUGUCUAAAGGACCUGCAGUUGGUAUUGAUCUGGGCACCACAUACUCCUGUGUGGGAAUCUUCCAGCAUGGCAAAGUCGAGAUCAUUGCCAAUGACCAAGGAAACAGGACCACCCCCAGUUAUGUGGCCUUCACUGACACAGAGAGACUCAUUGGAGAUGCUGCUAAGAACCAAGUGGCCAUGAACCCAGCCAACACUGUAUUUGAUGCCAAGCGUCUGAUUGGUCGCAAAUUUGACGAUUCUGUGGUGCAGUCUGACAUGAAGCACUGGCCCUUCAAGGUUGUGAAUGACUCCUCCAAGCCCAAAGUAGAGGUUGAAUAUAAAGGUGAGAUCAAGACCUUUUACCCUGAGGAGAUAUCAUCAAUGGUUCUCACCAAAAUGAAGGAGAUCUCUGAAGCUUAUCUCGGCAAGCCUGUGAACAACGCUGUUGUCACAGUUCCUGCUUACUUCAAUGAUUCCCAACGUCAAGCUACCAAAGAUGCUGGAACCAUUUCUGGGCUCAAUGUCCUGCGAAUCAUCAAUGAGCCCACUGCUGCAGCCAUUGCUUAUGGACUGGACAAAAAGGUUGGUGGUGAGCGCAAUGUUCUCAUCUUCGAUCUUGGGGGUGGUACCUUUGAUGUGUCAAUUUUGACAAUUGAGGAUGGCAUCUUUGAGGUCAAGUCCACAGCAGGUGACACACACUUGGGCGGUGAAGACUUUGACAAUCGCAUGGUCAACCACUUCAUUGCUGAGUUCAAGCGCAAGUUCAAAAAGGAAAUCACCAACAACAAGCGUGCUGUGCGUCGUCUGCGCACAGCCUGCGAGCGUGCCAAGCGCACCCUGUCCAGCAGCACCCAGGCCAGCAUUGAGAUCGACUCACUCUAUGAAGGCACGGACUUCUACACCUCCAUCACCAGGGCCCGUUUUGAAGAGCUUAAUGCAGACUUGUUCCGGGGAACCCUUGAACCUGUGGAGAAGUCCCUGAGGGAUGCGAAGAUGGAUAAGAGCCAGAUCCAUGACAUUGUCCUUGUGGGUGGCUCAACACGUAUCCCCAAAAUUCAAAAACUACUUCAGGAUUUCUUUAACGGUCGUGACUUAAAUAAAAGCAUCAACCCUGAUGAGGCUGUGGCCUAUGGCGCAGCCGUGCAAGCAGCCAUCUUGGCUGGUGAUAAGUCUGAGAAUGUACAGGACCUGCUCCUGCUGGACGUCACGCCCCUGUCCCUGGGAAUUGAGACAGCUGGAGGAGUGAUGACGGUCCUUAUCAAAAGGAACACUACCAUCCCCACCAAGCAAACCCAGACCUUUACGACAUACUCAGACAACCAGCCUGGCGUGCUUAUUCAGGUCUAUGAAGGCGAGAGAGCAAUGACAAAGGACAAUAACAUCUUGGGAAAGUUUGAACUGACGGGUAUUCCACCUGCUCCUAGAGGUGUCCCUCAAAUAGAGGUGACCUUUGACAUUGAUGCAAACGGCAUCCUCAAUGUGUCUGCGGUGGACAAAAGCACUGGAAAAGAGAACAAGAUUACCAUCACCAAUGACAAAGGACGGCUGACAAAGGAGGACAUUGAGCGCAUGGUGCAGGAGGCAGAGCAGUUCAGGUCUGAGGAUGAGGCCCAGAGAGACAAAGUCACUGCCAAGAAUUCCCUCGAAUCUUUGGCCUUCAACAUGAAGAGCACAGUAGAAGACGAGAAACUCCAAGACAAGAUAAGCCCUGAGGACAAGAAGGCCAUUGUGGACAAAUGCAACGACGUCAUUGCCUGGCUGGACAAAAACCAGAUGGCAGAGAAAGAAGAGUAUGAACACCAGCAGAAGGAACUAGAAAAGGUGUGUAACCCUAUCGUCUCCAAGCUGUACCAGGGUGGCAUGCCAGGAGGAAUGCCAGGAGGAAUGCCAGGAGGAAUGCCUGGAGGAAUGCCUGGUGGAGCAGGAGCUGGUUCUUCUUCUGGCCCAACUAUUGAGGAGGUUGAUUAAACAUGUCUCAAUCUCCUACACCGGAUAUAAUAUGAAAUACAAAUAUAUUUGAAUAUCUGUGAAGAUUCUCAGUCAUCCAGGUAAUUGAAAAGUUCAGUUUAGGCAACUGGACAUGAAGUUUUCUUGAAAUCUUCACUUCCAGUUGCCUAAACUGAACUUUUCAAGCUGAAAUAUAUUCUAACACAUUUGGUGAUCUUCUCUGUUGGGAUUUUCGUUUCAAGAGGACCUGCAUUGAAUUAUUGAAAUGUAUGAUGCAGAUGUAUCACUCAGUUCUGGAAUGAAAGUAAAGAAAUACAAGCAGCACAGAAUGCCUCCAACAUCUGAUCAUGCUGUGUCAUCACUUAUAAUGAUCUUCCUAAAAAGUUCAUCC